AUAUUCAUGAGUAGAAACUUCUGAUUGGUGUAAGUCUACUGAAUAUUUAUAAGCAGACAUUGCAUCGUACAAUGUAGGAAAACUACCAUGUAAUAUUUCCCAGCCAGACCAGAUUCGUAAUCGAAUUGGACAUACAUAACCAGGUUGUGAUGAUAGAUAACUGAUCACAAAAGAACAAUUCAUGAUGUCGGGAAUAAAUAUGUUGCGUCAUUUGCUGUCACAAUCUUGUCGGACCCGAUGCAUUACACAGUCUAGAUCUGCUUAUACAGCUGUGACAGGAGGCAACGUCUCUUGGAGAAAAUGUAAACACAGGAAGCCUUUGAGAUCCAGUAGAAAUGUGUCAUGGUCAGUGACCAAUAUGCAGGGUAAUGUGACCAUUAACAACGUCAAACUACGCACAGAUAAAACAAAGAAAGCAUCACUGGUCAUCUUUGACAAAGAUGGAACCCUGAUUUGUUUUCACUCGAUGUGGACACCUUGGGCCAAAAAAUUUGUUGCAAGGAUUGAAAAGGCAACAGGAGAGAGAGGACUUCAGGACAAAAUCUAUGAUGUUCUUGGUUUUUGUACAAAGCAACAGAAGGUGAUGCCAGGACUUUUGGCUGAAGCCACAACAGGAGAGAUCAAGGAUGAAAUGACUAAGAUGUUGGUUGGGGAAGGAAUGGAAGAAUCAGAGGUCAGGGAAAUUUUAGACACAGUGUGGUUGGAGGGAAAUGCAGGAAAUCCAGAGGAAAUGAAAAAGCUUGGAGACUUAGAGACCCUCUUUAAAAUCCUUAAGAAAAACAAUGUGAAAAUUGCUCUCAUUACUUCUGACAAUCGAAAAGGUACAAAUGCUUCUCUAGAGGAACUAGGACUAACGGAGUAUUUUGAACACGUCAUAUGUGGAGAUGAUCCUGGUACAGAACCAAAACCUGCUCCACACAAUGCCCUGCAAAUCUGCAAGAAAUUAGGCAUCGAUCCAUCAGAUGCAGUAAUGGUGGGGGAUACUAAAACAGACAUGCUUCUGGGAAAGUCUGCCAAGCUGGGAUGGAGUGUGGGAGUUCUUAGUGGGGUGGGCCAGACGGGGGAUUUACUGCCUCAUGCGGAUCAUGUGGUCAAUGAUAUUGAAGAUAUUUUACCUCUGAUUUUACCCUUGGAGGAAUGGAAGAGCUGUUAUGCAUAUUCCCCAUUAGAAAGGAUUUUGGUGGAUUCUACUAAACAUGAUACUCCUAUAACCGUCACCAAGAAAGUACCGACAGAUUUGGUGAUUUUUGAUCUUCAUGGAACGCUCAUCUGUAUUCAUAGGAAAUAUCCAAAAUUUGUGGAAUUUCUCUGCUCAAGAUUGGAGCAGAUGACUGGAUUAAACCUGUCAGAAAAAGUAAACAAAUUGUUGGGCUUGAAUGAAGAUGCAACUCGAGUGAUGCAUGGUGUCUUGUCAGAAGGCACAAUUUCAGAUGCCAAAGGAGCUGUAGUGGGGGCCUUAAGACAAGAAGGAAUAUUCUUCCAGGAAGCAGUUAUGAUUGUUAACCAGAUAUGGAAGGAAGCCGACUUCAUACUGCAAUCUCAGCCAACACCACUGUGUUCUGAUAUCAAGGGGAUGUUUCAAGAACUAAAGCGAAAUGGAAUCAAAAUUGCUAUUAAUACUGCAGAACCGAGGGAAUUUGUCAUUUCAGACCUGAUGAAUUUGGGGUUAAUUGAAUACACUGACAUGUUGAUGUGUGGAGAUGAUCCAAUUUCUCAGCCUCGUCCUUCUGCGCAUAAUGCUUUGUUGAUAUGUGAUGAACUGAAAGUAAGUCCAUCUAAAACUGUAGUUGUUGGAGAUUCAGUGGGGGAUCUUCAGAUGGGACAGUCAGCUUUUGUCAUGCAAAAAAUUGGAGUUUUAUCCGGUGUAGGCUCAGAAGAACAGUUGAAGCUAUUUGCAGACCAUGUUGUUUCUAGCAUAGGAAAUAUUUCCAAUAUCAUUCUUCAAAAAGGAAAUUCUGCAAAGACUGAGUCAACACAAAAAACUCAGGAGUCAGGUAGGAAAAUAUUUGCCAGAAGCUUUUCAUCUUCAUCUUCUGCAUCUUCCUUGCAUCUGCCUCAUAGACAUUUUAGCACAUCAAGUCAUCGCUUGGUACAUAUAGCUACAGACCAAGAAAAAUAUGAUUACAUCAUUGUUGGUGCUGGUUCUGCAGGUUGCACACUAGCAAAUCGUCUGAGUGCCGACUCUACUAAAAGAGUUCUGCUUCUUGAGGCCGGGCCUAGGGACUUGUGGCGUUGGGAUUCAUGGAAGAUAUACAUGCCGGCUGCUUUAAUGUAUAAUUUAUGUGAUGACAAGUACAAUUGGUAUUACCAUACUGAACCAGAGAAGGGCAUGAAUAACCGCAUUAUGUAUUGGCCCAGAGGGCGAGUUUGGGGAGGGUCUUCAGCCCUCAAUGCAAUGGUCUAUAUUCGAGGCCAUGCCUUAGACUAUGAUAGGUGGGAGAAGGAAGGAGCUAAGGGCUGGUCGUAUGCCGACUGUCUACCAUACUUUCGUAAAGCCCAGUGCCAUGAAUUAGGAGCGGAUGACUACAGAGGUGGUGAAGGCCCACUGCAAGUAUCCAGGGGAAAGACUAAUAAUCCAUUGUUUCAAGCAUUUAUAGAUGCAGGAGUACAAUCGGGGUAUCCAUACACAGAUGAUAUGAAUGGCUACCAGCAAGAAGGAUUUGGAUGGAUGGACAUGACAAUUGGAAAAGGCAAGAGAUGCAGUGCUGCAGCGGGCUAUCUACAUCCCAUUAUCAAAGAAAGAACAAACUUGUCAACACAGAACAAUGCUCUUACAAAACGAAUUAUAUUUGAUGGGAAGAGGGCAAUAGGAGUAGAAUAUGAAAGUAACUCCAAUAUCAAGACUGUAUAUGGAGAAGAAAUCAUACUCAGUGGUGGUGCAAUCAAUUCCCCACAGCUGCUCAUGCUUUCAGGAGUUGGAAAUGCAGAAGAUCUGAAGAAAUUGGAUAUUCCCAUUGUUCAGCAUCUUCCAGGAGUGGGUGAAAACCUGCAGGAUCACUUGGAGGUGUACGUUCAACAAGAAUGCAAACAACCCAUUACACUUUAUAAAGCACAGUGGAAAUUUCCUCAUGUGAUGAUUAAAAUAGGUCUGGAGUGGUUCCUUAGGCAAACAGGGGAUGGGGCUACUGCUCACUUGGAAGCAGGAGGAUUCAUACGCAGUGAGGCGGGAGUUGAACAUCCAAAUAUUCAGUACCAUUUCCUUCCCUCGACUGUCAAUGAUCAUGGAAGGAAAGCAGGAGAUAGACAUGCCUACCAAGCUCAUGUUGGUCCAAUGCGUCCCACGAGCAGAGGAUACAUUAAGCUUAAAUCCAGAGAUCCCAAAGAACACCCUCGAUUAGUUGCAAACUAUCUAACAACUGAAUUUGAUAUACGUGAAAUGAGAGACAGCAUUAAGCUAACAAGAGAAAUUUUUCAGCAGAAAGCAUUUGAUCCCUACAGAGGUCCUGAGAUAGCUCCAGGGGACGGUGUCCAGACUGAUCAGCAGAUAGACGAGUAUAAUCGAAAUAUGGCCGACAGUGCAUAUCAUCCUUCCUGCACUUGCAAGAUGGGAUCAGAGACGGAUAACAUGGCUGUUGUCGAUUCUAGGACACGUGUGUAUGGUAUAGAAGGCCUACGGGUUGUUGAUGCUUCUAUUAUGCCAAGUGUUGUCAGUGGAAACUUGAAUGGACCCACAAUUAUGAUUGCUGAAAAAGCAGCGGACAUCAUCCUUGGAAAUCCACCCCUCCCUCACUCAAAUGCACCUGUCUAUAAACCCAAAACUCUCAAUACACAACGUUAAAAAGUCUCCCAUCCUCGAAUACAUGUGGUGUAAAAAUGCUUUAGCCAGUGUUUCUUAUGUUUUUGUUCAUUUCUAGUUUUACUAUCAUUGUUUACCUACAAAAGUAACAAAUCAAAUGUGUUUAAUGCAUGUAUUUACGGUACAUGUGUAUAUAAGGUUCAUUUAAUGGUACUAUUUUCCAUUUUCUGUCAGAUUUUUUUGUUUUAAUGAUUAGGUUGAUGUACUGAUAUUUACCUAUUACUAUAAAAUUCAUAUAGCAGGCUUCUAUUUUUCAGAUACUUGAUAGGAAAACUUGUGUCUGGGCAUCAUUUUCUGAAAAUUUUGCUGAAAAGACACCAUCUCUCUUUGUGGGUGACAGAACACCAAAUAUUAAUUCCACUCCCACUGCAUUUGUGAAGCUGCAUGAUUUAUUUUGUAGAUCAAAUUUUGUCCAUUGAAUUUUAUUGAUAAACAUCCUCUUCAUAACCAUUUCAAACUCUUUCAAUGAAACUUAUUACUGUUUUAUAACAAAGAGUCCUUGGGCAAAUAUGAAUGAAAGUACAGAUUGUCAAUUAAUAUGCAAGUAUACACAUGUAAUGUAUAAACUUUUGGGACCACAAAAAUAAGGUUUACAAUUUUACAUUGGAAUACUUGGGAAAUUUCUUUUGAAAAAAACUAGUAUACAUUUUGUCAUAUCAAUUUGUGAGAAAAUGUAUCCUUAUGCAGUACAAUAUAUAUUUGGUAAGCAAUAUUGUCGAUCAUUUGUUAAUCAUUACAUUUUCCCCUGUAUCCUUUUAAAGGGUAAUAAGAGAGGUAUUAUUUCAGAGACUAUGUAUUUUGAUUAUACGAGAAUUAUUCACAUUCAAAAUGUUGUAGGAAAGUAUAAACAUGCAUAUUGCAAUGAAAUUUCAUUUGUUUUAUUUUUUUUUUCAUUUGGUUUAAGUUUGGUUGUAGUAGAUGAUGACAGUAAAUUGAUUGAAACUGUACCAUGAUAAUUUACUAUAGGGUCUUGGCUGUUCAAGUAAGUUUUGUGUACAAGUCAAUUUUUUUUAUAGAGUGUGUGCUGAAUGUUGACAUUCAGUAAAGAAUGGUUGAAUUAUUCAUGCAUAUAUUUUGUGUUAUUUGUUAAUGUUUAAGAGAAUAUUAUUUGCAGAUUGCAAAAUAUGGCACUUGCAUUUGCAGUUCUCUGUUACCACUACAGGGUAAUUUACUCUCAGUAGUUUAUGUUAUACAAAAAUUGUGUUGUUUUGUAUCAAUCUAAUUAAAAUUCGAUCUUUUCUAAUCGCUGGAAAAGCAUAGAGUAUCAGAUUAGAGAAGAUCGGAUUUGAAUUAAAUUGGUUUUGUAUUAUUUAGCAGACCUCUGGAUUGAUCAUAGAUAUUUUUAAUGAAAUGUGAUAUGUUUCAUUGGUUGACCAAUAAAUUGUUUUAUUUAAAGAAA